UCCGGCAGCAGGAUCGAAGCGAUGCGGCCCGAAAUAGGCAGUCUACCCAGCCUCUACAGCACUCUAUGGUAAAUUGGACUGAUUAGCUGGGCGGGCUUUUUUGCUCGCCAAUUGAUUCCUUCUGUUGGCUACUAUGGCGCCUCCGAAAGAAAAUGUCAGCCUACUUUUUAAGUUGUACUGCUUGACAGUGAUGACCUUAGUGGCUGCAACAUAUACAGUAGCAUUGCGAUAUACAAGAACAACUGAAGCAGUUCUGUACUUUACAUCCACAGCUGUUUGCAUUACAGAAGUUAUCAAAUUAUUCCUAAGUCUGGGCAUUUUAGCAAAGGAGACUGGAAGCCUAGGCAAACUGUUAAUGUCUUUGAAAGAAAAUGUCUUGGGAAGCCCUAAAGAAUUAUUGAAAUUAAGUGUUCCUUCGGUUGUGUAUGCCGUUCAGAAUAACAUGGCCUUCCUGGCUCUCAGCAAUUUGGAUGCAGCAGUUUACCAGGUGACGUAUCAGCUGAAAAUCCCCUGCACGGCCUUGUGCACUGUCCUGAUGCUGAACCGCUCCCUUAGUCGGCUACAGUGGUUCUCAGUGUUUAUGCUGUGUGGUGGAGUCACGCUCGUGCAGUGGAAGCCAGCUCAGGCUACGAAAGUUCAGGUGGAGCAGAAUCCACUGCUAGGGUUUGGCGCGAUAGCAAUUGCUGUUCUAUGUUCAGGAUUUGCAGGAGUAUAUUUUGAGAAAGUACUAAAAAGCUCUGAUACAUCUUUAUGGGUUAGAAACAUUCAGAUGUAUCUGUCCGGAAUUGCAGUGACAUUGCUUGGGGUCUACACAGCCGAAGGAACUCAAGUAAUGGAGAAGGGGUUUUUUUAUGGCUAUACACCGUAUGUCUGGUUUGUCAUCUUUCUUUCCAGUGUUGGAGGCCUCUAUACUUCAGUUGUUGUUAAAUAUACAGACAACAUUUUGAAAGGUUUUUCUGCAGCAGCAGCCAUUGUGCUCUCUACAGUUGCAUCAGUCAUUCUCUUCGGUUUACAAAUCACCAUAACUUUCUCUCUGGGUGCACUGCUUGUCUGCGUUUCAAUAUAUCUGUAUGGAUUGCCUCGACAAGAUACAACAAAAAUUCAGCCAGCAGAAACAAAAACGUCGAAAGGGAACCUUACGACUGUGUGAUGUCUGUCUUCAUGAAGAAUAGGAAAGGCAAUACAAAGCAAAGGAGAGAAUCUGUGUGCCUCUCCCCCCACCCCCACUCCUUUCUUUUUGAAUUUGGCCUUCAGUUCUUUAUGGAAGGCUUCUGAUGGGACUGAAAGUGAAGUCAGUCAUUCGUUGAAUGAGAAUUUACAUUGGAGGAGGAUUCUUCGCUAAUCUGUAGAACCUCACUUUCCCUAUAAACUUUUGCAAUCAAAGAUGCUGCAUGCUGAAAAGAAUCAAUGGAAGGCAGAGUUACACUGUAUAAAAUAAAUAGGGAGAUGGCCUUGGAAUUUACUCCCAUGUUACAACAUGAUACAUAGGCUUUGUUGCCAGAAAUGCUUGCAGUUGCAAGGAGGAGAUAAUUCAAGCUUAAAUGUGACCAAAACAACGUAAGAUUAUAUUGGAAGGAUAGCAUUUUUUUCUUCAUGGAUACCUGGCAUUAAGAUCCAGUAUUGCUUUUAUGAUAAAAAUAGUUGUUGCAACAAGAAAAGCACAGUGACAGUUGUGAGACAGAAGGCAAAAUGCUAUUACUGGAGUUUUAAAACUCAAAAUGGUAAUUUAUUUUUUGAUAUCCUGAACCCAAGAUCGCUACUUUUUGAAAUAGCAGAAAGAAAAAAAUACUGCGACUUCUUUUAAGAAUUUUAUAUUGAAAAAGGGAAGGGGAUAGAUCAUUGUAUAUACAUUUACUUAUGCAUUGAUUUAACUGGUAAUUACAUACAUUCUUGUGCAAUAUGGCUAGUGUUAUGUACUGUUUCAAUUUGAAUCUUUAUACUUGUGUUAAAUAUGUUUUAGAGAAAGGGAACAAGCCCUAUGGAUUAAAUAUCAUUUAGGUUUAUAUUUACUGAUUUUUGUCAAUUUUCAUACUGAAAUUGUUGAAAGGUAAAUAUUUUUUAACGCUUUCUGCAGCUUUUGAAAAACGAGGCUUUAAGAAAUUAAAAUGCAUAAUUUCUGUAAAUCGAGCUGUAACACAGAGAACCAAUUAACAGUAACAUUGGGUAAAAGGCUUGAAUUCAGACUAUGACAAUCUGAUUAAUCAGAAUGGCAAGAAUUGAUUUUGAACUUUACGGCCAGCAAGUGUAACUACUCCAAUUUGGCCCUUUCCAGUUUUGUCGUUGCCACGCUGGCUGGGGGUGCCUGAAAUUGUAGCUCAAUUUCUGUGGGGGGAACCAGAGAGGAAUGGCUGAGCUACAUUCUGCAUCCGAGACCACUGGGUUAAGUAUGUGGAAUGGGUUACAAAUAGAGUGGAAGGAUUCUUUCUGUUUGAGGCUGCCUGACUCUAAACAAAAUGAGUUGCCCUCCUUUGCACAGAAUUUGGAGGGAGUCCUUGUGAUGUUGUAAAGUGCCUCACCCAACUUUUUGGGAGGGAAGGAAAAGACUAAGACAAAACUGUCUGACAACAACUGAUCAUGGAAAAAAGCAAAACGGAGGACAGAAUCUGAAUACCAUCUGCCCACGCUAUAUAGUCAUUUAUCAGGCAUUUGGAAGAAAAAAGGACAACAGAACAGGGGAAUAAAUGCAGAGAAACCAAAUGCGGAAGCCUGUUUGCAGAGAGGACUGGGAGAAAAUAAAUAGAAGUUGUUAUCAUUUUUUUCCUAGCAAUUACUCUCCAGAGAGGAAUAGAAACCUCACAGCAAAGCAUUUAUUUGUUUUGACCUCUAUAUCUCCUUUUUUCUGUAUCAUAGUAAGGAAAAGGUAAAACUAUAAACGUGAUAGUGGAUGCUUUAUUUCCACAGUGGAAGUAGGACUGAGAUAGAUUUCUUGGAAUAGAAGUAGCCCAGCUUCGCAGUACAUAUUUCAUGGUCAGAUUCUCCGGCUUUGGGAGAUGGCUAUCAAGGCAUUUAUCAGGUUUUCUACAAACAUUUCACCCUGCAUCUCCCUGCAGGCUUCCUCAGUGCAACAGGUUAGAAGGGGGGGGGGGUUACCUUGCAGCGACCCUUCCUUCUGAAUUAUCACACCGAGGAAACCUGAUUUGUACCUUAGUAUUGAUUUCCCAAAGCCUGGAGAACCCAGGUACAUACAGAAAGCGCUGUUUAGUACAGCAUAAUAAAUACUUCUGUAUUCUUGAAGGGACAUUAUGGCAAAAAGCUAUAAGCAACAGUCUUUGGGGAUCAGUAGAUAUGCGAGAUUAGACGUUCUUACAGUGGGGGUGAGGAGAUGUAUGGCCCAAAGGAGUACUUGAACUGUAAGUCCCAGCCCUCCUCAUCAAUGACUAGGGUGGCUGAGCUACGGUGAUGCUGAUCCCAACAUUGGAAACACCAUGUGCUCCCCUUGUUAGCCCUAGAUGGCAUCCAAAAGUAAGUUCUGUUUAAACCGUGGCAUUCCCCAAUAAAGUAUCAGAUUGCAAUCACCUACCAUGCAAAUGAAUAGGUAGCCCACAGAGGGUUUUUGAAAGAAUGAUGCCUUUAGAGGCUGGUGACUUUCCUUGGGGCAUAGCAGCUUCCUCUUAUUUUUUUAAAAGAAAGUUUCAAAAGUUUAAAGUCAGAUGGAGCAACCAGAUAAGGACUGCAUCCAUGGGACUUGCAUAGCUCAUAAUGCCAAAAUAGCUUUUAUCUUAAAUGUACCAUACACAUUAAAUUACGUUUUAAAAAAAGAUGCCCACCUUUCAAACCAAGCGCUUAUGAGGAACAAAAAGGAAAGAAAACAGUUCCACCACUAAUUUCCUCAUAACGACAAUGCUUUGUAUUACAAAGGUACAUACUGGAAUUUCAUUUUUAAGUGAUAUUAUUUGGUGCCAAUUGCACAGCUGCUGAAAUCUUCAACCAACUGAAAGGUUUUGAUUUCACAGCAGGUCAGUAGAGUGGCAAAGCAGCAGUCAUAGAGUCUGG